AUGGGUGCUUCCGAUAUCAAAACGGUUAAGGAUGUUCUGGAUCUGGUUCAACGGAAUCUGGCAAGCUCUGAAGAUCGAUUCACUACUUUGGAAGACAAGCUUCUUCAAAAACAGCAGAAGGCUGAUUCCAAUCUUACUAUGAUUAACAAGCGGUUCGAUGAAAUUCUAUCUCGUUUACCUUCACCAUCUAGAUCCAAGGAUGAUUCUGGUGGGAAAAACGGCGAAGAACAUCCUCUAAUCUUUGGUACUUUCACUCAGGGUGGAACUCAACAUCACUGUAAUCGCGUUCCAAAACUCGGUUUCCCUCGAUUCGAUGGCGACAACCCUCGUUGUUGGAUCCAUAAAUGUGACCGAUAUUUUUUCCUUCACAACAUUGAUGAGUCGCGUUGUAUGGAUAUAAAAGCUAUCUAUUUGGACGUCAAGUCUGAUAAAUGGUUUCUCAAUUUUCAGGUUGGUAGAGCUCGUAUCACUUGGUAUGAAUUUGCUCAUGGUAUUUUUUCUCGAUUCGAAAAUCCAGUUGAAGAAAAUUUUAUUGGUAGUUUUAAUAAAUUGGUUCAACUUAAUUCCGUAGAGGAAUAUUUUGAGGAAUUUAAAGCUCUUAAAGCUCUUAUGCUUGCUAACAAUCCUUCUUUAAGUGAACAUUAUUUCAUCAUGAGUUUUAUUAGUGGGUUGAAAGAGGAAUUACGAAAUUCUGUUGCUAUGUUUUACCCAAAGUCACUUACACAAGCUUUUUCUUUAGCUAGAAUGGAGGAGCAGAAAUGUCAAUCUAUUUCUUCUAAGAGUAUUAAACCAUCAUCCAGUUAUUUCACAGCCUCUAGAGCUUUCUCUACUUCCAGUUUUCCUCCUAAACCAAUUUCAACUUCUUACACUACUUCUAAGUCAACUCCUACCACUCCAAAAGCUUACUCACCCACACCCCUUAAACCUGCAUCAGCUAACCCAAUUAUUAAGCGCCUUACUCAAGACCAAAUGCGCAUUCACAGAGAUAAGAGCCUUUGUUAUAAUUGUGAUGAAGUUUACUCAACGAGUUACAGGUGUAAAGUUAGACAACAACUAUUUAUGGUACAAGCUGAGAAUUCUGACUCCCAAGAACAAGAUCAUGAUGAAGAAGUUUUUGAAGAGUCUGUGGACUCCCCAAUUGACUCUGACAUGGAGAUUUCUCUUCAUGCCAUCACUGGUACUGUUACAGGUGACACUAUAAGAAUCCCUGGUCUUCUUAAGAGUAAGUCAAUUUCUAUUCUUAUUGAUACUGGCAGCACAACUAGCUUUUUGGAUUGUUCUUUGGCCACUAAGCUCAAAUGCAGGGUAGAGCAAACUGCACCAAUGCUAGUCACUGUUGCUAAUGGUGAGAAAACUAUGAGUACUGGUAUUUGUUCUAAGCUUCAUUGGAGUAUGCAAGGUUAUCACUUCACUGAAGAUUUAAUAUUACUUACACUGGGGGGUUGUGAUAUGGUUUUAGGUGCUAAUUGGCUUAAGAAAUUAGGUGAUAUUGUAUCUAACUUUCCUAAACUCAGUGUUUCUUUUCUUCAUCUGGGUCAUCACAUUACAUUGCAAGGUACUACCACCUCUCCUUCUCUCCUAAUGAUGAGUGGUUCUGUUGUAAAGAAGUUUUUAGAAAAAACCACACAUGGGCUAAUUGGUCACCUUUUUUCUGUCACAUCCUCACCUAUACCACCUCCAGUGCCACCUCCAAUAUUACCACUUCUGUCUGAAUUUAAUGAUAUAUUUGCUGAGCCAUCUUCUUUACCUCCUCACAGAACUUUAGACCAUUCUAUUCCAUUAAAACCUGGUGCUCAACCUCCCAAUCAAAUACCAUAUAGAUGCCUUAUCAUUUACUUUAAAUGUGUAAGAACAUCUGCCUUAUCUCUUAAUGAAAAAUAUCUGAAGUUUAUAGCAGAGGCUGAGUUCAUUAGGAACCCAGAUUUACUUAUUCUAUUCGAUCUUCAUUUCUAUGUACCGAGAACAGUACAAGUUGAUCAUGCAGUGUUUUUGGAGAAAUAUACUUGUGCGGAGAAAUUAGAUCUAAAAGUGGUAUUUGGACCCCCGGGAGAAAAUUAA